GUUGACCCUGUCUGAGUCUGUGUCACCUCCAGAAUUGUAAACCGCUGUUCAAUAAAGUCAAAGGUUAUUUUUGCAAACAACUUUAUUACCUUUUAACAAUCUUCAUCAAUUCCAUUCCAUUGACCCAGCGCCGUACUAUUAUACAAGUAGAGGCCUCACCAGACCAGACCCGUGGAGAACAAUCCGAAACCAGAAUUCCUCAAGUAGCUCUUAUACACUCUUAUACAUAUAUUAGGAUAUAUCAAGCCAAUAUUACUUCCGACAAAAGAAAUUCCACUUGCCGUCUUCAAUAGCGCCGUCGCAAAUAUCUAUCCAAAUAUCUAUCAUGGAGACCGAAAACUCCACGACGAUACCACCAUCGCAAUCGACUCACUUACCUAGCGCCAAUUCUCAUGAUGAAAUAGCGAACCGGGAAAUUCCCAGAAGUCUAGCCGAUGCCGAUGCUGCCCCAGAAACUUCGGAUGACGAUGACGAUCUGGACUCUGUCUUCAACGAUUACGAUGAUAUUGACGAUGGCCUCGGCCUAGAUGGGGAACCAGACAUAACGCGAAACUUCAACCGACAACAACCCCUGCAUUCUAAUCAGCAGAAACCUGCCGCUAACACCGUCGCUAGCGUAGAUGAUCAGAUCACGGCUCUCUCAAGACAUGCUGCUAAGAUACGACUAGACGAUGUCAAGGAGGGACAAGAUCGGGAGAAGGAUAAGGCCGAUAGGGCUACGAGCGAACAGGUCCUUGAUCAGAGAACCCGUAUGAUUCUUUACCAGAUGAUCAAUCGCGGCGUAGUCAACGAGAUACAUGGCGCAAUUAGUACGGGCAAGGAGGCCAACGUAUAUGGUGCUAUCGCAUAUCCUGAUAUCAACGGACCGCCCGUCCAGCGCGCUGUCAAGGUCUACAAGACAGCCAUAUUAAGCUUCAAAGACCGCGAGAGAUACAUCACUGGCGAGCACCGCUUUAAAUCCGGCUCAAACAAGGGCAACAGCAGGAGAAUGGUCCAGCUAUGGGCAGAAAAGGAAUAUCGCAACUUGCAGAGAAUACAUUCUGCCGCUAUUCCUUGCCCUGAACCCCUACAGCUCAAGCUCCACGUCCUCUUGAUGAGCUUCCUCGGAGAUAAGAAAGGAUACGCGUACCCGCGAUUGCGCGACGCCAACAUUCCCCGCGAUGAUGCGGAUCAACUUUGGAGAAAACUCUACGUUCAACUCUUGGGUAUCAUGCGACGCAUGUACCAGGUUACGCGGCUAGUGCACGCAGAUCUGAGUGAAUACAAUAUUCUAUACAAUGACGGACAACUCUACAUCAUCGAUGUGUCUCAAAGCGUUGAGCACGAUCAUCCUCGGUCACUGGAGUUUCUUCGAAUGGAUAUCAAGAACACAGGUGACUUCUUCCGCAGACAAGGAGUCGACACGCUAUCCGAUCGUACCAUCUUCGACUUCAUCACGGAGUCCAAGGGCGCGGUGGAAGAGCCAAGACUAUCAGAAGUGAUAGAAGAACUAUACGCUUCGAGGUCGCAACCCGCUGACGACGAGGCAGCAGCAGCCGAGCUGGAGGUCGACAAUGAGGUCUUCCGAAAUCAAUAUAUCCCCCAGACACUAGAACAGGUCUACGAUAUCGAGAAGGACGCACAGAAGAUCGGGGAGGGUGAGGGAGACAAGCUCGUCUACAGGAACCUCCUCGCGGACCAAGUAGUGACUAAGCCGAGAGAGGCAAACCUGAACUCAGAGGACGAGUCGGAUGAAGGAGUAGCUCUCGAUAGUGACGACGACGACGAUGAUGAUGACGAGAGUAGAUUUGCGAAGGGGACACCGCGGGGCAAACGGUUUGAAGAUAAGGAUGAGAAGAAGCAACGCAAGCAAGCGACGAAGGAGGCCAAGGCCGAGAAGCGGAAAGAAAAGAUGCCGAAGCAUCUCAAGAAACGCCUAGUUGCUGCAACGUCCAGAAAAAACAAGUAGAUACGGGGCUACAGUCAAUGAAAAAAAAACGGGGGUUCAGCCUGUCAUUUAGUAUAUAAAUACCAGCGUCAGCGCCCUUAAACGUGUAUAGUUCUUCGUGUCCUAGUAUUCGGAAGAGGUAAGUCGUUUUGAUCUCGUACUUUUCCAACUUCCAAACCAAAGCACUCUAGCAAUCAUAUGACGAAAUCCCAAAGCGCACAGUCUAGGCCGGCCACUGCGUUUUUGCUAGCUCCUAGUAAUAACCGUGGCUUGGUUCUUGGUUGGAAUGCGUACUGAGCUAGCUGCUCCCCCCCUUUUUGGCGGGAGUUAUAUGCGGAUCAAAGAGAGCCCUGAUGAUUGCUUUUGCUAUCUAUUUUGUUAUGUCUAUUUCACUAUCCUAUUCCCCCUCGUAAGAGAUAUUCGUUUAACUUAUUUACUGAAAUCUCUAUUUGUGAUUGUGUACCUAGAUAAAGUAUAGGUUAGGAGGUACUUUUCUGCUUGCUUCGCACAUUAUAACAUCUAAGUUACGACCCGAGACUACGAUGUCAAAGCGCUUAGACCUGAAUGAACAUAUGUAUACUUAUUUAGAAUUAUGAGGUCUUCAAGCAAUUCUCAAAUUACGUAUGUUAAUCUGAUAGCCCAUAUAUUUAUUAAAU